AUGGCCGCCGUGAAGUACCUCAUAAAGGUGGAAGUUCACGAGGUGAAGGAGGUAGUCUUCAAGGAUCCAAGUUCGGAGGUCGACAUCAUCCCUAACCUGUACUGCCUGGUGACAGUUGGCAACACGCAGUAUUCGACAGUCCAGAAGAAUCAGGCGUCUAAUGCGGUUUUCAACGCUUCCUUCAACUUCACUCUUGACCUGACUCCCACUGAACUGAGCAGAACUCGGAUUAUUAUAUCUCUCCACCACAAGUAUCGCAUACAGAGUGCGCUCAUCGGUUUGCAUGCGUUUGGCCUGCAUUACAUCUACUCGAAACAACAGCACUGCAUCCAUCGUUCCUGGGCGCGAAUACUCUGCCCUGACUUCCCGGGUCACAACGCGGGACUAUUACUUACAUCGGUUGGUGUCUUUGGUCCGGGAGAUAAUGUUCCGGUGUUCAAGGAGGGAGUGGGCGGCACCCGUCCCACGGGUGCCGUCAUUGCCGCCGCUGCGGAUGUUGGGCAUGGCGGCGCUCGCAACCUGCGCUCGCCCGAAAUAUCGACCAAGUUUUACAUCCUGAACCUCAAUGUCAUCUGUGGCCGCGAUUUUAUGUCGCGGGGCUCUCUCUUAUCGACGUGUUUGGAACCCUUCGUGAGAGUUUGUCACGGUGGACUCCAGGUUCAGACCCCUGUGAUAAAGGACAACCCUAACCCCGAAUGGCAGUCAACCCUUUACAUGCCAUGUUUGACACCUUCUUUCGACGACUUAGUGACGGUGGAGAUAUGGAAUGGAGAGUCUAACAGCGUCCUGCUUCAUUGCGAGUCCAUUGAUGUGAAGUACCUUUUCAACAAUGACUACCCUCCGCGAUGGGUUAACAUAUAUUGCAAUACCGUGUCUGCGUCAGGGUUACUGGAUUUAGUGAAGACCUACGUUGUUGGAUCCAAUGAAUCUUUGACUGAUUAUGGUGGACGGGUUUUGAUCAGCGCUUCGGCUACGCAGGUACAGGUGCCGCCCGUCGUGGGCAUCAAGCCCUUCAAGCAGAUCUCGACGCCUCCGACUCAGAAGCGUAUUGUAUGGAUUGACCUAUAUGAGGUAGUCCCUCUUACGGAUUCGCCGGUCCCAAUAGAAGUGGUUGUGUGUUUGGGUCCCUAUUCCGUGCGGACCGCGGUGUUGAAAUUGAGCUCAAAUGGCACCUACAAGGUGGAUGACACUGUAGGAAGAUUGGCUCCUAUGGAGCCCCUUGUGUCAGGUGGCAACGACUCCGACUUUUGGGACUUUUUCGUUUACAUUAACGACCGAUCGGAAUGGGGAAUCAGCGAACAACCACGUGUGGCGUGGAAACGCAUAUCGUACGACCACAUCCGGCGUUCACAGGGGAAGCCAAUGUGGUUUUUGAUGCCAAGCGUUGCUGAUCCUCGAGUUGAUGCCUUCAACCUGCUCAUGUCCUUCGAGGUGAUUGGUGACGAGGCCGAGAACCGCCCACGUCGCUUCGAAUACACGUUGUCUAAGUACGUGUUUCGCGCGAUGAUAUACGAGGCUCUGAAUCUCCCCUGUCUAGACAUGUCGAGUUUCCCGAAUACCUUCGUGGAGAUAGAGCUUGGUGGGUUCCACGUGCGAACUCAGGUGGCCCAAGGCACCUUGUGUCCUUCGUUUUACGAGGCUACGGAGCUCGAGAUUUUGCUCCCCUCCAACCUUGUCUUGGCGCCUGAUGUAAGCAUUAACAUCUACGCUGAGCCCACGUCUAUGUUUGCCUCGCGGGAGCUGUUAUGUAACGGCCACUUCAGUCUCAUGAAGGUUCCUAAGGAGUGGCGCAAAGCGCCUCAAUGGGUGCAGUUGAAGUCGACAAAGAACGAGCUGCAUCAUCCCUGUGUACUAGUGGCAUUUGAGCUGGUCCCUGCUGACCUUUUGUUGAAAAAUCCGGACCUGUACCCAUUUUUUGAUGACAUUCGCCCAUCCAAGAUUGCGGCACUGGUCUCAUUGCUUCUGAUUGGAAUACGCGCUUUCAAACCUCUUAACCGCCCGCGCGUGUUGGUCCGUUUCGGCAGCCAUGACAACCCGAUAUACAAGUCCUCCAGUGGAAACCCUAUUUCCGGCUCCGAGGGGAACUGGAACUACCUGACAACUCACAGCCUCCUUGUCGACCUGCCGAAACGCAUGCAGCACCACUGCUACAUCGAGUUUGUUGUAAUCUCCGGCGACGACGAGUGCUUCGGCGUGACCUACGUUAGUCUCAACUCAUUUCUGCCGUGGCUGACGCACGAAGAGCGCCUUCACUCAAAAGAGAUCUUCAAGAUGCAGGUGCUUGAGGAUUUCUUGUCAACCGGAGAACAGACGCAUAUCGACGAAGCGAAAAACGAGAGCGGUGCCGUGAAGUCUGCUGUGCGGGACGACAUCGAAUCGCAGAACGUGAAGAUGUUCGAAACUUUUGACUUUGUCUCGCUACAGCGCGCUGGAGAGUCGCGUGAAGGCGACGAAUUCCGCAACGAUUUUGACAUAGCCGUGGUGGAGGAUGACGAACCCGACGAUUUGCAGCGUGACGAGAUUCCCUACGAAAUGGAAUGUGACUUCGCGCUGGAGGACCUUCCGUAUAUGAAAGCCCCGAUAGUGCAGUGCACUGCAGCGGGCGUGCCGGAAACUGUGGGCGUCCUCAAAUACAUAUGCAGUGUUGAUGCCAACGACAAUAAGGACGCUCGACGUGAGGCUGCCACAAAGAUGGCGGAGAGACGGCAGAAGUUGGUUGACCUGUAUGCGAAGGCGAAAGAGCUAGUUGUGCGCCUCUACGUGCUCCAGGCGAAAGGGCUUUACACGAGCAGCGGCCAUAGUAACAUCCCGACAUAUCUGUGGGUACGCAACUCAGAUGCGGAACACAAAACGUCAUUGAGUUAUCCCCAGAACAUACGAGAUACCACCAUUCGCGCUCAGGGUGUGAAACCAGUGUUCAAUGCGUGUUUUAAUUUGGGAUGCGCGUUGCCUGAAAAUGCAAUUCUCAAAAUCAGCGUUGUAGAGCAGGGAACUAUCCAGGAUGAGGUGAUUGGCACCACCUUUGUCGACUGCGAAGAUCGGUUCCUCAACCAGAAGAUGCAGCAGCUCAUGGUGCAGGACAUUGUACCUAUAGAGCUGCGAACUCUGAAAAACGAGGAUUCGACAGUUUCUCACGGCACCUUGCGUUGUUGGAUUGAGAUGAUGGAUCUCGACACUGCCCAAACCAAACCCAUCCGAACGCUGGGCGGCAUGGAGCAGUCGGACUACGAGCUUCGUGUUGUUAUAUGGGACCUGCGCGGCGUGCCACUUGACGGAAACUCAGCGCUUUCGCUAUUCGUUCGUGGCAUAUAUCAGGUAGAGGAGGGUGAGGAUCUGGUUGAAGAAACUGACACGCAUUACAAUAGUCGCGACGGCACCGCUGUCUUCAACUGGCGCUUCAAAUACCCGAUUCGAAUCCCCAGCGACUAUUCUUUGGUCAAACUCCAGAUUUGCUCCUCUAAUCUAUUGGGUGGCAGCGAGUUGAUAGGAGAGAGCGCAAUUGACCUGCGCCAGGACUACUCGAGGAUCCGGAAGAAGGUUGGCCCAUACCACUGCAAGAAGUUUUGGCUGGACUGCCUGCACCCGUCUUUUGGAACCCAGUCUCGCGGUCAGAUCGGGGUUGAGUUUUCGGUACUCUCAGACUCAGAGGCAAAGCUGUUCGCGGUCGGCAAGGGGCGCGAGGCGCCUAACAAGGACCCCUUCCUGCCAAGUGUGCUGGAAAACCGCACGUACCUGGAUUGGCAAGAGAUAAAGGCGACCAUAAACAACGCGUCGGGUGCAAUUAUGUCAGGGCUGAAGUGGACAGGCAUGUUCAUCACAAUUGCCUUUGUUUUCGCAACAUUGUUGCUCAUUUUGGUUGCUAUCAAAUGA